CUUAACGUUUUAAUUUUAUGUUUUAACUUUCAACUUUUUAACUAAUUACUAUCCAACCACGGUUGUACUUAAUUUUUGAUAUAUUAAAUAAUAAUUCUAUGUUAAUGAAAUAAUAUAGUUGAUAAAUUGAUCGUACAUCGAACUUUAAUCGAAAGCACCCUUGAAAUAAAACAAUUCUAUUCAAAUUUUGUGUUAAAACAUAAUUCUAACAGUAAUUAACAAUUAUAAUAUAACUUUUGACAAAACUAAAUUAAACUAUUAAUUUUGUUAACUUAAUUUAGUUCAAAAAUUACAUCAAUUUUGGAUACAACAAAUUAUAUAAUAUAAAAACUUUGCAAUUCUACUACUUGAAUUAAUCGCUGGUCGGUUAGAGUUUGGUUGAAGUCGCUUCUGCAAUGACUGACAUUUCUCAAACGGAAACUACCGAUGAACUCGUUGCGAACAUCUGUUCCGGAGAUGAAGCUCGUUUUAAAAUAUCUUUGGGUAUAUAAAUGGAUGUUCCAUAAGCAAUGUGGAGCAGAUUAAACUUUAUUCAUCUUUUGUAUUUCUUUAUAGGACCCUCUCUCUUUCUCUCUUCCUUUCUCUUUUUUAAUUUUAAUAAAUAUUUGAUUUUUUUAUAUAAUCAAUUGUGAGAUUAAAAAUAGAUCUUUUAAUAGGCAUAUUAAUCUUAUCUUAUUGUUAUAAUAAGCUUAAAUGAAUCAACCAAUUAAUUAUUUUAUCGUAAUAUCUUGAUCUAUAUUUAUCAAAUUAUUUUAUUUCGGAAAAUCCUCAUCGUGAUGUGUUUCGCGUACGAAUUAUAUUAUAGAUAAAAUUGUAUUUCGUAACUGCACUGAUACGUUCGCUAGAUAACAUCGCAGAUUGAUAACAUCGAUCAUUAUAACGACGAGAUUCCGAUCUCACAAUCAGCGCCUUUCAGUGGUAGCGUCAAUGAACGCCCGGGCGCUAAACGUCGUGGGAAUCGUAUCGCGUUUCGUUUCGGAACAAAACCGGAACAGAAACUAUGAAAACAAGACGAAGUACGACACCACUUUGAACUGAUUUAUUUUCGUUUGCGCCCGCGAGAGAUAUGUUACACAAAGCGUACGAUUUACCGGCAGCGAGCGCUGGCGCUCCUUCAAUUCUUCGCGGCGCGCGGCGUAGAACGCUUGGUGGUAUUACGCCAGAUAUUCGGCAACUUGUCGGAGUUAUCGAAUGUGGAUAUUAGUGGAACGUGCGAUCAAUUCAUCCCUUUGUCUUAUUCUUCCUGAAAGCACGCAAGAUAAGAAAAUCUAUCUAUCGUUACAACCAAUUAUUUAAUAGAUCUCUCAAACGCGUGGAAAAAGUUGUUACGAUAUAUCUUCUACGUAAUGAAUUAAAUUAAUUAGUGCGCAAUAUUAAUUAUUCAUUAUGAAUAAUAUUAAUAUAAUUAAUAUAAUAUUAUAAUAUAACACAACCAUAUAUAAUAUUAAGUGCUGAGAAAGCCUACUGUUUUCUAGAAUUUUUUAUACACGUAAAUUUUUUCAUAUUCUAAAAUUUCCAAGAUUCUCUGAUUCGUUAAUUUUCAAAGAAAACUUAAAAUCUAAAAAAGAUUAAAGCAUUAUUUUUUCGAAAAAUUAAAUCUUUGUAAAUUAAAAGUAUACGUGUUUUGACUUUUAAAUCGUUAUAAUGAAUAUGACCGUUUCUUUUUAUUCGUCUUGCGAACAAAAUUUAUCGUGAAAUUUUUUGAUCUCACGAAGUUACAACAUCCAUUAUGAUUUAUUCAGUAGAUAAUCACGUAUUUAUGCGCAGCGAUACAUACACCAAUCACGUGUCGAAUGCCAUGUUCUUAUAUCCUCAAGAAGUGUAAACACUAGACACAUCAUUGCUUUUUUCAGACAUUAAUAAUUUAUUAACAUACAAAUUAUCGUUUAUUUUUUGCUGUUAUGCGUUCUUAUAUAAGCCAUCUAGAGGCUCCAACAGAGAGGCCAACAGGCAGUUGGCCACUUGUACCACUUGGAUUAGUCAAGAAAAAUGAACAUAAAGCUCCUGUUUGCCGAAUCGCUGGAGGUUCUGCGGGACACCUGGCUGCAUUAUCACAUCUUGCUGGAAGCGGUCUUGAUAGUGUGGAUUAUUUGGAUAGUGUGGAUUAUUUCAAAGAGACGAAGUAGCAGUCAUGACCCGGUACUCUCGGAAGAGGUACUGGUUGAAAGAAAAUUAGCAGAAUGGCAGCCGGAGCCUCUCGUGCCAGAGUCACCGCAAGACCAUCCCUCGCUAAAUCCCAGACGCAUCACCACCCAAGUUGGAAAAUGGGUGACGGUCGACGGCAAGAAUUGCCUCAACUUAGGUACGCAUAACUAUCUGGGUCUAUGCAACAGCGCGGAGCUGACGGAAAGCGCGGUGGCGACUAUAAAGAAGUACGGCAUUGGAUCGUGCGGACCACGAGCCUUAUUCGGAACUGUCGACGUACAUCUCGAACUGGAAGAACGUCUGGCCAAGUUUAUGGGCAUGGAGGAAGCUAUAAUAUAUUCCUACGGGUUUGCCACUUUAGCAUCCGCGAUUCCGGUUUAUUGCAAGCGUAAUGAUUUGAUAUUCGCGGACGAGCGAGUAAAUUUCGCCAUACAGAAAGGGCUGGAUGCGUCACGAGGAAAUAUCACGUACUUUAAACACAACGAUGUUCAGGAUCUACGUAAUCUUCUGAUGAAACAGAACGAAGUGGACAGAAAGAAUCCCAGAAAGGCUGCGAAUAUCAGACGUUUUCUGAUUAUAGAGGGUAUUUAUAUGAACACGGGGAACAUCUGUCCUCUACCAGAACUAGUGGAUCUUUGCAAAAAGUACAAAUUGAGAAUCUUCGUCGACGAAUCGAUAUCGUUUGGUACCAUUGGUCUGCACGGAAGAGGCGUUACCGAAUACUACAACAUUUCUGUAAACGAAAUUGACAUGAUAAUGGGCACUUUAGAAUAUGCUAUAGGAACUAUCGGAGGCUUUUGCAUGGGCUCAUCCUUCAUCAUUGAACAUCAACGUAUAUUCAGUUUUGGCUAUAGUUUCUCAGCGUCCCAGCCACCCCUCCUAGUAACUCCAGCUAUCGCUUCUUUGAAUGAAAUUGAAAAUAAUUUAAAAAUAUUUCAAUCUUUGAGCAACAACGCCUUAGCGAUAGAUAAUGGUCUUAAAAAAAUUCCAAUAUUGGAAUGCACUAGUUUUCCAAAAUCACCUUUAAAACAUGUAUACUUAAAGGAGCAGAAAGACCGUGCCACCGAGAAGAAAUUACUAACUGCAAUCUGUAAUAAAUGUAUAGAAAAUAAAUUGGCGAUUAUAUUGCCUGCCUAUUUAGAGGCGGAAAGAAUUUUGCCUAGACCUAGUCUUAGACUUUGUAUAUCUGCUAGUCUGGAUGACAGUGAUAUCGAGUUUGCGAUAAAUACUUUGAAAAAAUGUACAGAAGAAGUUUUGUUGUCUUUUUUGACGACUGAAAUAAAGGAAUCUUGAAAAAGGUUUAAAGACCUUGUAUGCUAGAAAUAUCUAACAUUUACAUAAAUACCUUGUGCCAUAUCAGCACAAGUUACACAGAUACCUUAAAUCUUAGUAAAUACUUUUUUCUGUACAAAAUACAUAUUAAAAUGAAAAUAAAUAAUGUAAAAAUUACGACUAUAAAAACUACGCUUGAUUAAAAAAAUAUAACAUAUAUAUGCAAUAAAAAAUAAAUUUUUCGACUUUGAUUUGAUUUCUUUAACCUA